UAACUCAUGAAUCCCUAAAACAAUUCUAAAAUCUUGCAACUCACGUUUGAUAUUCAAGUUCAAGAUCAAGAACGAAUUCAUUCAGAUGUUACAUAAUAGAUGGACUUGAAAAUCUCUGAGUGAAUUAGUAGUGAGGGUCAAGUCGUGACCAAUCGGGUUAUGCGGUCAGUUGCCCCGCCCUGCUCUGUCAGCGGACCAUCAGGAGUUCCCAAGGAUUGUACCAGAGUGUAAACAUUGCCUCGACCCUCGACAACUCUUCUUGUCGGAUCUGGGGCUUCGUGUACUCGAGAAGGAAACCCUGGGUAAACACGGCGGGUACAGGCCGGCUCUGGUUACCUCGGGGGAUAUACACACCUGCGCCCGCACCGCACGCCGCGCUACCUCCAUCAUCUGCGCGGGAAAUGUUUGGAGUAGCGGGGCACUUUCAAACGAUUAAAUGUGCAGGCCGCGACACGUGCCUCGUCCGGAAACGGCGGGUCGCCGCUCGCACAGGAUCUGAAUGGUAAGUUAACAUUCUCGUGCUAUUUAUACUUCCUCGCUAGUUGUAUUGAUGACAAGCACUCAUGUAGCUGGACAAUGGAUACAAGUGUCGGAGAAGAAUUCGAGCCGUUAUGAGGUUUUGAAGAUUUGGUUACAGUAGUCUGAAUGGUCUGCCCUUCUUACCAAUAUUGUCGAAUAGUUCAGGGGCUUGUGGCUUUUGCUCUCCUGUAAUUGUACUUGGGGAGAAUAAACUGGGUUCAGGUUGCUUAUAUUCUUCCUGUCGUUCCAUUGGAGUGACGUAAAGGUUGGCAGAGCUACACAUGUAACAACAGUCCGUCAGAAGACUGGUCAAGGUGCGCGGUGUAGGAUCUUCUCUGCAGCCUUGCAGGACUUGAAUUAUCUAGUUGAGACAUGAGCUACUAGAAGAAACACCACCGCCAUGUCCACAGGGACAGUAAGCACCGACACCGUCAGCGAGUUGGGCUACAUGGAUACGGACACUGAGGAGGAAGCUCUCGGCUCUGAAGUCAUCCUCCACCGAGAAGGUCUCCCCCACGGCCCGCUUACAAACCUUACGAGGCCGUUGCGGCGGCGGGUGCGGAGAAAAAGGCAGGCGGAAUCCACGAAGUACUGUAACAAGCAGAAACCCGAACAGAGAAACGCCGCUAACGCGAGAGAAAGAUCCCGAAUGAGGGUUUUGAGUAAGGCGUUCUCCAAGUUGAAGACGACGUUACCCUGGGUCCCGCCAGACACCAAACUGUCCAAACUGGACACACUGCGCCUCGCCACGUCCUACAUAUCCCACAUGCGGCAGGUCCUGGUGGGGGACAAGAUGGUGGAACAGUCGCUCCAUCCGCUGAUGCUGACCUGGCCGUACACGUUCAGCACCAAGGUCCAGGAGAACCUGCUCCCCGAGCCGCCGCUGUGCCUGCACGAGCCGCCGCCCCUGUCCGGACCCUGCCGGUACGGACCGGACAUCGGGAUCGGGAUGGACUCCGUGCUGUUCAACAAAUAAGAUUAUUCGAAUUUUACGUACAGUAAUACAUGUACAGUAUCAUAUCAUCCCAGGAGAAACAAUUAGAAUUAAGUAAGAAAUUAUCAAAUUGAUACCUACAAUCUUUAUCAUCAUAGCAUUCUCGAAAAAUAGAUUAUUAUUAGAUUUCCUAUCCUAUAUCUUGAUUGCAGUUUUUACUUCAUGUAACCUAUUGGUAUUGUAGGGACGUUAUACACUUGGGUUUGAAAUUGCCCAGCCCUUGUAACUUGCUGUUUGUACAUAAAUGUGAUUCAUUUAGUUUAAUCCGUAUUUUACUUUGUCCAGUCAAUAUGACUGCAUGCAUUAUAAAAUAGGUCAAGGCA